ACCAUUAUUGUGUAAAAAAGGUUGCGUUAAUUGCUAAAUGCUAAUUACUAUUUACUAAAUGAAAUAAUGCAUUACAACAGGAAUACAAAAAUUUGAUAAAAUAUUAUAUUAAUUUAGUUAAUGCUGAUCAAAAUAUUUUUUAUACAAUGUUGGAAGUUUUAAAUGGAUUUCUUCUGGGUUAUUUCUUAGUUUUAUGUACUAUUAGUGCAUUAGUUCCUCUUCUAGUCAAACCGAUUGUCGCGUGUUUUUCAAGGCCCUCGCAACUAGAACGCAAACUAUGGGAUGAAAUUGUAAUGCUUAAAUGUCAGCAAAAGCAAAUUUCUAUGAAAGAUGAAUUUGCUGCUUAUUCCAAACUUCAAAGGCGAAUAAUCAAGCUGGAAGCAGAAUUAAACGAAAAUUCUCAGGAUCGAUUAAGCAAAACCUUGGCAAUAAAGGGAACUAUACAUAUGGUACUGCAAGUGGUCAUUGGUUUAAUAAUAAUCAUUUCAGUCAUCUUUUUCAGGAGAGAACCCAUAGUAGCCCUCAAAGGUGACCUUUUUCCACUUUCAACACUUCUAAAAUACCCAAGUGAUACACCAAAUGCUAUUUCAACACAUAUGUGGGUUAUAAUAUCAAAUGUUUCAAUUAGAGCUCUGUUGAAGCCUAUGAUUUCUUAAAUUUUAAUUGCAUAUAAUAAUUAUAUUGUAAAUUAUUUAAUUACAGUUUUAACUAUGUAUCCAUUACCAAAAUGUCUAUGAUAACAAUUUAUUGUUUAAAUAAAAUGUAGGGUUUUUUGAUGAGAAACAACUCAUUCCAUUUUAAGUAAUAAUUUGAGAAAAGAACAAAAAUCAGAGAAAUGAAUAUAUUACUAUUGCAAAUAUAGAUAAAUUUUGUCCCCAUAAACAGUUUUUCAUUAAUUAUAACAAAACUGUUUUUUUAUAAAUGUAUAACCCAAUGGGUUUGGCUCCAUAUUUUUAGUAGGUUAUGAGGAUAAUCGUGUCUCCCUAUACAUAUGGUUUAAAUAAAACAAAGUUAUUAUUAAUGAUUUAUUUGUUAAACAAAUUUAAGUGUAUCUUAUACUCAGUCUGACAUACGUCCAAUUAUAUCUCUAAAAUAUAUUCUAACAACCGGAUCUGCCCGCCUUAACAUAUAAAACUCAACAUCUACAAAAUUAAUAUAUAUUCUAUGCAUUCCAUAGUUUGGAACAUAACACUAAGAUUAGAAUGACAACAAUAAUCCUGGAUUUUCAAAAAAAUAUGAAACGGCACUUAAAAAUUGACUCAAUCAUUAUUUGACUUCAUCAAAACUUCAGAUGUUUUAUUUUUAGUUAAUUUUCAGUACAGGCUUUCCAUGUUUUUAGAAAAUCCUUUU